AUGGCGAUGCACGUUUUAGAAGAUAUUAAACAUAUAUCUAGAGAUUUUGAAAAUAUUCACAAAUCAGCAAGUAGAUUUGCUUCAAUUGCUAACGAAGAACUAGAGAGACACAAUUCUGAAUCAGUUGUAGAAGAUUCUCUACCAGAAAAAAGAGUUCACAAGCCCAAAAUUUUAUCAGCAGAGAUCCUAAGGGCCGAAAUGGUUGAUUUUGCAAACAAAUGGCAAACACUCUCAAAAACUUUGUGUGAGGAAUAUGCGGUUUUAUCAUCGGAAGCGGAAGUAGAUAACGAUGAAGACAUUGAAAAGCUCGGAUCCGAUUACAUUAAAUGUAGCAAGAGUAUAAAUAAGGGGUUGUGCAAAAAUUGUUUAUAUUGCUGUUAUAGGUUACAGCUGAAAUAUAACCUAUUCUGUUCCGCGUAUGCGAAUUUAUUCGCUGAUGCGUACAAAAAAGAGUACAGCGAUAAUCAAGAAGAAAACAACCAGAAUCACACCAACCUCCCAUCAUCCAUAACCGUCGAAAUCAUCCCGGCCAUCAAGCAGGAAUCCGUCAUCAUCUCCACCGAAGCGGCCAGGAACAUGCUGCACGAGAACAUCCAAAUCGAGGACAAGUACGAACCGCCACCGGAACUCACUGCAGGCGUGCAUUUCCUUACCGAUGACGAAACAUCCGGCCCCAACAUGGACGCCGACAGCUACGAAAAGAAGAAGAACGAGCUCCUGGAGUACAUGAUGCGACAGGACGGCAGCGUGGUUAGUCUAGUCGAGAGGUAA